GAGGGAGAGAGAGAGAGAGAGCUUCAGUGUGUUUUGACUGUUAAUGCCGUUACCCUUUGAGUGAAGGAGGAGAGAGUGACACACACACACACACACAACGCACUCAGAAGUAGAGAUGGCUGAUAAAGUAGAAGUUUUGGAAGCUGUGUUGAAGGAGGCUGUGGAUUUGGAAAACAUACCGUUGGAAGAGGUUUUUCAGAAUUUGAGAUGUAGCAGGGAUGGUCUCACCACUGAGGCUGCUCAGGAGAGAUUAGCCAUUUUCGGACACAAUAAGCUUGAGGAGAAAAAGGAGAGUAAGUUCUUGAAGUUCUUAGGGUUUAUGUGGAACCCUUUGUCAUGGGUUAUGGAAGCGGCUGCGAUUAUGGCCAUUGCCCUUGCUAAUGGAGGAGGAAAACCUCCUGACUGGCAGGACUUUGUUGGUAUCAUCUGUCUGCUUUUUAUAAAUUCGACUAUCAGUUUUUGGGAGGAGAACAAUGCUGGUAACGCUGCUGCUGCUCUCAUGGCACGGCUCGCUCCCAAGGCUAAGGUCCUACGAGAUGGAAAGUGGAGCGAGGAGGAUGCUGCUGUUCUUGUCCCGGGCGACAUAAUCAGUAUUAAGCUUGGGGAUAUAGUUCCCGCAGAUGCUCGUCUCCUUGAAGGAGAUCCACUAAAAAUUGAUCAGUCUGCGCUGACAGGGGAAUCCCUACCCGUGACUAAAGGUCCAGGUGAUGGUGUUUAUUCUGGUUCAACAUGCAAGCAGGGAGAGAUUGAAGCCGUGGUCAUUGCCACUGGUGUGCAUACUUUCUUUGGAAAGGCUGCUCACCUCGUGGACAGUACAAACCAAAUUGGCCAUUUCCAAAAGGUUUUGACUGCAAUUGGAAACUUCUGCAUUUGUUCAAUUGCUGUUGGAAUGCUAGUGGAGAUUAUUGUUAUGUAUCCCAUUCAGCACCGAAAGUAUCGUCCAGGAAUUGACAAUCUACUAGUGCUACUGAUUGGAGGGAUUCCCAUCGCCAUGCCUACCGUUCUGUCAGUAACAAUGGCAAUUGGUUCCCAUCGCUUAUCUCAGCAGGGAGCCAUCACAAAAAGAAUGACUGCCAUAGAAGAAAUGGCGGGCAUGGACGUGCUUUGCAGUGAUAAGACUGGAACUUUGACACUGAACAAGCUCUCAGUUGACAAGAAUCUUAUUGAGGUCUUCACGAAGGGAAUUGAUGCAGAUACUGUUGUUCUGAUGGCGGCCCGAGCCUCCAGGGUGGAAAACCAGGAUGCAAUAGAUGCUGCUAUAGUUGGGAUGCUUGCUGACCCCAAGGAGGCACGGGCUGGCAUUCAAGAGAUCCACUUUCUUCCAUUUAAUCCCACAGAUAAGAGAACAGCGUUGACAUAUAUCGACAAUGAAGGUAAAAUGCAUCGGGUCAGCAAAGGUGCACCAGAGCAGAUUCUGAAUCUUGUACACAAUAAGCCGGAUAUUGAACGAAGAGUUCAUGCUGUGAUUGAUAAGUUUGCUGAGCGUGGAUUACGAUCACUUGCAUUAGCAUACCAGGAAGUUCCGGAGGGAAGGAAAGAAAGCCCCGGAGGUCCAUGGCAGUUCAUUGGUCUCAUGCCUCUCUUUGACCCACCUCGACAUGACAGUGCGGAGACCAUAAGAAGGGCUCUAAACCUUGGAGUAAAUGUUAAAAUGAUCACAGGUGAUCAACUGGCAAUAGGAAAGGAAACAGGACGACGUUUGGGAAUGGGAACCAACAUGUACCCCUCAUCUGCUUUGCUAGGUCAGAACAAGGAUGAGUCAAUUGCUGCUUUGCCCGUUGAUGAAUUGAUAGAGAAAGCUGAUGGUUUUGCUGGGGUAUUCCCUGAGCACAAAUAUGAGAUUGUAAAACGCUUGCAAGCUAGGAAACAUAUAUGUGGAAUGACUGGUGAUGGAGUCAAUGAUGCACCUGCUCUUAAGAAGGCUGACAUUGGGAUAGCAGUUGCUGAUGCAACUGAUGCGGCUCGUAGUGCUUCCGACAUUGUACUGACAGAACCUGGUCUUAGUGUUAUCAUCAGUGCGGUAUUGACUAGUAGGGCAAUCUUCCAGAGAAUGAAAAAUUACACAAUUUAUGCGGUUUCUAUCACAAUACGUAUUGUGCUUGGUUUCAUGCUGCUGGCACUUAUAUGGGAAUUCGACUUUCCACCCUUCAUGGUGCUGAUCAUUGCCAUCCUCAACGACGGUACCAUAAUGACAAUUUCUAAAGAUAGGGUGAAGCCUUCUCCUCUGCCAGAUAGCUGGAAGCUGUCUGAAAUAUUUGCAACUGGUAUAAUUCUUGGUAGCUACUUGGCGAUGAUGACGGUUAUCUUCUUUUGGGCAGCAUAUAAGACGGAUUUCUUUCCGAGAACAUUUGGAGUUUCUAGCCUCCAGAAAGAAACUCGAGAUGAUUCCAGAAAACUCGCCUCAGCCAUAUAUCUUCAAGUGAGUACCAUCAGUCAGGCCCUCAUAUUUGUGACACGAGCUCGGAGUUGGUCUUUUGUGGAGCGCCCUGGCUUAUUGCUUGUAGUGGCUUUCGUGGUUGCCCAACUGGUAGCUACACUUAUUGCAGUCUAUGCAAACUGGGGAUUUGCAGCAAUUGAGGGGAUUGGAUGGGGUUGGGCUGGUGUUAUUUGGCUUUAUAAUAUCAUCACUUACUUCCCUCUUGAUUUCUUAAAGUUCACCAUACGAUAUGCUCUGAGUGGAAGAGCUUGGGAUCUUGUUAUUGAGCAGAGGAUUGCCUUUACAAGGCAGAAGGAUUUCGGGAAGGAAGCUCGUGAGCUGAAGUGGGCACAUGCUCAGAGGACCCUUCAUGGUCUGCACCCACCUGACACCAAAAUGUUCAAUGACCACUCUAGUUUCGCAGAUCUUAAUCACAUAGCUGAAGAAGCCAGAAGACGAGCUGAAAUUGCAAGGUUACGGGAACUCACCACAUUGAAAGGACAUGUUGAAUCAGUGGUGAGAUUGAAGGGCCUAGACAUAGACACAAUUCAGCAAUCAUACACUGUGUAACCUCAGCCAUCUAUGUGAUUCAGUAGGAUAUAAUUAUACAUUUGUAGGUGGUAAAGUUGAAGAUGUAAUCCAAUUCAUCACCUGAAUGCCCUUUUCUUACUAUUGGGCAUGUGCGCCAUCCCCCUAGUGGCCUAGUUUCAACUUUCAAGUCUUAUGCCCUCUACUCCUUUUCUGUGUUCUGUUCUAAGUCAGUUGAUAUAACUUCAUGCUCCACACCAGAAAAAGAAGUGAUGGUAAGAGGGGUUGGGAUGU